UGCAUUGUGAAAUGUGAAAAGACUGGAUGUGCUGGAGAAAUAUGCUUACAACAUUGCAAAUACUCUUUAGAUGGCUCUUUAUUAAAUAGCCAAAAAGAGCCUCUAUACAUGCAAUUGAAUCAAAGGGAUUGUCCAACUGAUUGCAAGUACCAUUGCAUGGUUCAAAGAGAGAAAAAAAGAUCUUCACUUGGAUUUGGACCUGUCAAAUAUUAUGGUAAAUGGCCAUUAAAAAGAGUAUUUGGACUUCAGGAGCCUCUCUCUGUUGCCUUCUCAGCACUAAACCUUGCAAAGAAUGUCCAAGGAUGUUUGUCAUUUUUCAACCUAGAUAAGAAGACAUCUUAUAAUUAUGCUGCUUUGUGGCAUAUUUAUGGCUUCUUGUCUGUGAAUUCAUGUGUUUGGAGUGUUGUCUUCCAUAGCAGAGGCAUGGAAAUUACAGAAAAGCUAGAUUGCACAUCUGCUGUGGCAUUACUUGGAUUCUCACUAAUUAUAUCAAUACUAAGAAGUUUCAACAUAAAGAAUGAGGCUGCAAGAGUACUGGCUUCUUCUCCACUCUUUGCCUUUACAAUUACUCAUAUUUUGUACCUCAACAACUAUCAAAUGGACCAUGGAUGGAACACAAAAGUUUGUGUCACAAUGGGUGUUGCUCAACUUCUCAUUUGGGCAAUUUGGGCUGGAAUUAGUCAACAUCCAUCCAAAAGCAAAAUAUGGAUUGUUGUUUUUGGGAGUGGAGUUGCUAUGUUCUUAGAGAAUUGUGACUUUCCUCCAUAUGCAGGACUCAUAGAUGCACAUGCACUUUGGCAUGCCACAACAAUUCCUCUUACUUGUAUUUGGUGGAGUUUUAUCCAAGAUGAUGCAAAGUACCAAACAUUUGACCUUAAUAAGAAAGAAAAAUAGUGUUUUUCAAUGAGUGGUGGAACUAGAAGGUAACUUA